GGUGUCAGUCCCCUCCUCUCUGCUCCCUCCUCCUCCCUCCCUUCCCUUCUUGGUUUGAAUUUCUUCCCUCCGGCAUUUCACUGGCUCUCGGAGCAAGAGCCCAGACCUGCACCGAACGGAGAGCAAGGCUCAGACCCUCUUGCUGCCUCUCCAAGCCCACGGGAGCUGGAGGCUGGAGGGGGUUGAGGGGCUGAAGCAGAGCAAACAGGAGGGACUUGGAUUUUGCUAGCAUCUGAGGGCUGCGCGUGCCCCUUGGAGAACCCCUCGGAGAGACGGACGGCGUCUCCUCUCCGCUGCGAGCUGGUGGAGUACCGCGGGCCGGCAGGCAAAGGAUGCUGGAGGUUCGGCGAGCGGGCUGCAGGGCAGCGCUGUUGCUCUGGAUUGUCAGCAGCUUCCUCUGCAGAACCUGGACGGCUCCCUCCUCGUCCCAAAAAUGUGAUGAACCCCUGGUCUCUGGUCUCCCCCAUGUGGCUUUCAGCAGCUCUUCAUCUAUGUCCAGCAGCUAUGCCCCUGGCUACGCUAAAAUAAACAAGCGAGGAGGUGCUGGGGGAUGGUCUCCAUCAGACAGCGACCAUUAUCAAUGGCUGCAGGUCGACUUUGGCAAUCGAAAGCAGAUCAGUGCCAUUGGAACCCAAGGGAGAUACAGCAGCUCAGACUGGGUGACCCAAUACCGCAUGCUGUACAGUGACACGGGGAGGAACUGGAAACCCUACCACCAGGAUGGGAAUAUCUGGGCAUUUCCUGGAAACAUCAACUCUGACAGCGUGGUCCGGCACGAUUUGCAGCACCCGGUCGUUGCCCGCUAUGUGCGCGUGGUGCCGCUGGACUGGAGCACAGAGGGCCGAAUCGGGCUGCGGGUCGAGGUCUACGGCUGCUCCUACUGGGCUGAUGUUAUCAACUUUGAUGGCCAUGUUGUGUUACCAUAUAGAUUCAGAAACAAGAAGAUGAAAACCCUGAAAGAUGUCAUUGCCCUGAAAUUUAAAACAUCGGAAAGUGAAGGGGUGAUCCUCCAUGGAGAGGGUCAGCAAGGGGAUUACAUCACGUUGGAACUGCAAAAAGCCAAGCUGGUCCUCAGUUUAAACCUAGGAAGCAACCAGCUUGGCCCCAUCUAUGGACACACGUCGGUGAUGACCGGAAGUCUAUUGGAUGACCACCACUGGCACUCUGUGGUCAUGGAGCGCCAGGGCCGCAGUAUCAACCUCACUCUGGACAGGAGCCUGCAGCACUUCCGCACCAAUGGAGAAUUCGACUACCUGGACCUGGACUAUGAGAUAACUUUUGGAGGCAUACCUUUCUCUGGAAAGCCAAGCUCCAGUAGUAGAAAGAAUUUUAAAGGCUGCAUGGAGAGCAUUAAUUACAAUGCGAUCAACAUUACAGAUCUUGCCAGGAGGAAGAAGUUAGAACCAUCCAAUGUGGGAAACUUGAGUUUUUCUUGUGUGGAGCCCUACACGGUGCCCGUCUUUUUCAAUGCAACCAGUUACCUGGAGGUGCCUGGGCGGCCUGAACAGGACCUGUUUUCAGUCAGUUUCCAGUUUAGGACUUGGAACCCCAAUGGUGUCCUGCUAUUCAGUCACUUUGGGGAUAACCUGGGCAACGUGGAGAUUGACCUCAUGGAGAGCAAAGUUGGCGUUCGCAUCAAUGUCACUCAGACCAAGAUGAGCCAAAUUGACAUUUCCUCAGGUUCUGGGUUGAAUGAUGGUCAGUGGCAUGAGGUUCGUUUCUUAGCCAAGGAGAAUUUUGCUAUUCUCACCAUUGAUGGAGACGAAGCAUCAGCAGUUCGAACAAACAGUCCUCUUCAAGUGAAAACUGGCGAGAAGUACUUCUUUGGAGGUUUUCUGAACCAGAUGAAUAACUCAAGUCACUCUGUUCUUCAGCCUUCGUUCCAAGGAUGCAUGCAACUCAUCCAAGUGGAUGAUCAGCUUGUGAAUUUAUAUGAAGUGGCACAGCGGAAACCAGGAAGUUUUGCCAACAUCAGUAUCGACAUGUGUGCCAUCAUCGACAGAUGUGUGCCCAAUCACUGUGAGCAUGGUGGGAAGUGCUCGCAAACGUGGGACAGCUUCAAAUGCACUUGUGAUGAGACAGGCUACAGCGGGGCCACCUGCCACAACUCCAUCUAUGAGCCCUCCUGUGAAGCAUACAAACACCUGGGCCAGACGUCCAAUUACUACUGGAUAGAUCCUGAUGGCAGUGGACCGCUGGGGCCUCUGAAAGUUUACUGCAACAUGACAGAGGACAAAGUGUGGACCAUUGUGUCCCAUGACUUACAGACACCAAUGACUGUGAUAGGCUACACCCCAGAAAAAUACUCUGUGACCCAGCUUGUCUACAGCGCCUCUAUGGACCAGAUCAGCGCCAUCACCAGCAGCGCUGAGUACUGUGAGCAGUACGUCUCCUAUUUCUGCAAGAUGUCCAGGCUGUUGAACACCCCAGAUGGAAGUCCUUAUACUUGGUGGGUUGGCAAGGCCAACGAGAAGCACUACUACUGGGGGGGCUCCGAGCCGGGAAUUCAGAAGUGUGCCUGUGGCAUUGAGCGCAACUGCACAGACACCAAAUACUACUGCAACUGUGACGCAGACUACAAGCAGUGGAGGAAGGAUGCUGGCUUCUUAUCCUACAAAGACCACCUGCCAGUGAGCCAGGUGGUAAUUGGAGAUACUGACCGGCAAGGCUCAGAAGCCAAACUGAGUGUGGGGCCCCUGCGCUGCCAAGGAGACAGGAAUUACUGGAAUGCUGCCUCUUUCCCAAACCCAUCAUCCUACCUGCACUUCUCUACUUUCCAAGGGGAAACCAGUGCAGACAUUUCUUUCUACUUCAAGACAUUAGUCCCCCGGGGAGUGUUUCUUGAAAAUCUGGGGAAUGCAGAUUUCAUCAAGCUGGAGCUGAAGUCUGCCACAGAAGUGUCCUUUUCAUUUGACGUUGGAAAUGGGCCAGUGGAGAUUGUAGUGAGAUCGCCUACCCCUCUCAACGAUGACCAGUGGCACCGGGUUACUGCAGAGCGGAAUGUCAAGCAGGCCAGUCUUCAGGUGGACCGGCUGCCCCAGCAGAUCCGCAAGGCCCCGACAGAAGGUCACACACGCCUGGAACUCUACAGCCAGCUGUUUGUUGGUGGCGCUGGAGGCCAACAGGGCUUCCUAGGCUGUAUCCGCUCCUUGAGGAUGAAUGGGGUGACCCUUGACCUGGAGGAAAGAGCAAAGGUCACAUCUGGCUUCAAAUCUGGAUGCUCUGGCCACUGCACCAGCUAUGGAACCAACUGUGAAAAUGGAGGCAAAUGCAUAGAAAAAUACCAUGGCUAUUCCUGUGACUGUUCUAACACAGCAUAUGAUGGGACAUUUUGCAACAAAGAUGUGGGUGCAUUUUUUGAAGAGGGGAUGUGGCUGCGUUACAACUUCCAGGCACCCACAGUCAAUGCCAAAGACUCAGGCAGCAGAGCAGAGAACUCUCUGGAACAGCAGCACACAGCCCCAGACCUGGCCCAGGAACAGAUCCAUUUCAGCUUCAGCACCACCAAGGCACCCUGCAUCCUUCUUUACAUCAGCUCUCUCACCACAGACUUCCUGGCCGUGCUCGUCAAACCUUCCGGAAACUUGCAGAUUCGGUACAGCCUGGGAGGCACCAAAGAGCCAUACAAUAUCGAUGUGGACCACAGGAACAUGGCCAAUGGGCAGCCCCACAGUGUCAACAUCACCCGUCACGAGAAGACUAUAAUUCUCAAGCUCGAUCAUUAUCCUUCUGUGAGUUACCAUCUGCCAAGUUCAUCCGACACACUCUUCAAUUCUCCCAAGUCGCUCUUUCUUGGAAAAGUUAUAGAAACAGGGAAGAUUGACCAGGAGAUUCACAAAUACAACACCCCAGGAUUCACGGGCUGCCUCUCCAGAGUCCAGUUCAACCACAUCGCCCCGCUCAAGGCUGCCCUGCGGCAGACAAACACCUCUGCCCACGUGUACAUCCAGGGCCAGCUGGUGGAGUCCAACUGUGGGGCCUCCCCACUGACCCUGUCCCCCAUGUCGUCUGCCACCGACCCCUGGCACCUAGAUCACCUGGAUUCAGCCAGUGCUGAUUUUCCGUAUAACCCAGGACAAGGCCAAGCUAUAAGAAAUGGAGUCAACAGAAACUCAGCCAUCAUUGGAGGGGUCAUCGCUGUGGUAAUCUUCACCAUCCUGUGCACCUUGGUCUUCCUCAUCCGGUACAUGUUUCGUCACAAGGGCACCUACCACACCAAUGAGGCCAAGGGCGCCGAGUCAGCCGAGAGCGCAGACGCCGCCAUCAUGAACAACGACCCCAACUUCACAGAGACCAUUGAUGAAAGCAAAAAGGAAUGGCUCAUUUGAGGGGUGGCUGUUUGGCUGUGGGAUAGGGAGGGGGUUCCAGGGAGGAGGGAAAAGGAACAAGAACACCCUGCUUCAUACUCCUGAGCACAUCCUUAAAAUAUCAGCACAAGCUGGGGAAGGCAAGCACCAGAAUAUUCCUGAGACUGAUCACCACAAAAAAAAAAAAAAAAAAAAAAAAAACUUUUUAAUAUUUCUUUAUAGCUGAGGUCCCCCCCUUCUGUAUCAAAGCAAAAUAAUACAAAACAUGCUUUUAGAGUCUAAGCGAUGGUUGAAAUUUGUAGGUAAUAUCUGUCUCAUUUGUGCGUGUUUAGAGAUGUUCGAAAACCCGUGGUAACAGGGCAAGUUUUCUACAUUUUUAAGAGCCCUUAGAUCGUGGAUAUUUUUUCUCGAGAAAAACUGAAGCACAUCCAUCCAUACAGCCUCCAACAUUCUCUUCCUUCUGCAUAGAGUCAACUUUUAAUGGGCUGCUGUAGUAACCAGUUUAUGUUCAUAGAAUAUUUCUUUUGGUGUCCUCUAAGUUGGAAAAGAGAAGAAAGGGGUAGGGAGAAACUAUUCACUGAUUUGCAAAAAAGACCUCAAGCAGGGCCUGACACCAGCUGUUGAAGGAAGAGUGUGUACUGACACCUGUCACAGCAACGUGACCAACACAGCUGGAGAGAAUCAUUAAAGGACCGGGGGAAGUAAUAUAUAUUGGGGUCAUUGGUUUUCCUUUUUUCACCAAAUUCUACAAUAUUGUUCCAUAUGUAUAGUCUUAGAUCUAUUCAAUAUCUGUAACUAUCAGCUACCAUGCUGUGGUGACCAACUGUUACAAAGCAUUUUUCCUCCAUUUUAUCUGCGGUACACCAGAUGACAUUACAUAUAUAUAUGUAUAUGCACCUCAAUAGAGAAUUAGAGCCAGACGGUUUAAUGUGUUUUCCUCUGUUUCUUUUAUAGUUGUAGCAAAUGUAUGGACACUACCUAGUGUAGGUACAAGUUAGGUUGUGCUUGUUAUUUUGCUUUAAAUAUGAAGUUUUUAUGCCCCUGGGAUAAAAUCCUAGCAGAGAGAGUCCUCUAAGUGUCACAAUACAGUAAAACCAAGUUAUCAUGGGUGUUAGUCUGGAAUCAUAUGGGGGACGCUGCCAUAUUUUAAAUCAGCUGCCCCACAUGUCCUCCAUCCAAAAUAGAUGCACUGCCAUAAUUCAGAGGUCUUCUGUGACAGACACAUUUGAAUCUCAAGUUCAUCACAAACCUGAUAAUUGUUGCUUCUCACAGAAUGGACAUUCUAAUCAAUCACACCUCUUAGCUUAAUAAGGUAUCUUGGGCAAUUUGUUCUGACAAAGAACUUGUUGUUCUUAUUUUAAAAUAAUCAAAUUUGUGUAAACAAAUAAAGACAACACUUCUUACUGGACUAUCCAAAAAAGAAUUUAAUUCAUCCAUUUUCAAAAACAAUUACACAAAAGUUAUCUCUACAAUGACUACUAUUUAUGAUCACUGUACUUUAGACCUCUUAUACUUAAAAACUUUUUAAAAACUUUGUAGACUCCCAACAUGUUGAGGAAUUCUGUAUGACUGUUCUUUCUCUUCUUAGAAGGGGUGAGAUGAGGUUAAUGAAUUAUGGAUGCUAUUUUUCUGAUGGCCUGGCGCAAUAACAUGGAGAUUCUGGUGUGUUAAGGUUACAUAUACAUACUUUUCAGGAUUUUCUGUACUUCUAAUUUAUUGGAAGAUCUCAGUGUCUUGGUACUGGAAAACCUUAUCCAGAUCCACAAAGGUCCAGUGCACCCAUACCUGAUAUGUUCCAAAGGGGAAAAUGGACCAGUUCAUUCCCCUUCAAGUCAAAGUAACAGGACAAAAGAAAAUCCUGACACCCUUUUCCAAUAGCUGGUUCACCAUCGACACUCUCACGAACACCUUUAAUCUUAAAAAAUUUUGAUCAUUCUUCCAAGAACUGCAUUUAAAGUAAAAAAUUAAGGGCCGGGGAUUUAGCUCAGCGGUUCGGUGGCCUGCCUUGCAAGUGC